AUGGUCCCUUGGUUAGGUUAUUACUUCCCGAUCCUUCUACCACUGCUGCUCCAAAUUCCCACCGCUCACCUCACCGCUCUUGCCAUUCAUUUGGAACGUCAAUUGCACCACAAAACCUUCGAUUCGCGUCUACGAAGAUUUGAAUCGAACCCCCUCACCGCGAUUGUCGAUUCACCGGAGAGAUCAACCGAUGAGGUCGACGCCUACCAACCCAUAAAAAAGGUGGAUUUCCAGAUACAGUACAAAGAAAAGCAUCCGAACAACAAUUUCGUUCCUAUUCCCAACAAGCCCUUUGUCUUCAUCGGACCUGCAAUACGCAACCGCUUCUCUUUCCCUGCUCUUUCUCCGACACUGAGCAUCACCAAGAAUGAGCUAUAG